AUGAAAUUAAUUUCAAUAAUUUUUUCCUUAUUUUUAAUAAUCAAUUUGGUUUUUUCUACAGAUCCAACAAUUGUUAGUUUUAGAAAGCCAGUUGAAAAAGUAUAUCCAAGUGAAUAUUGUUUGCCAUCUUUCACUAUAUUGAUUAAUUAUCCAGAUCCAAUCCAAUAUAAUUAUCAAUUAGGUUUAUAUGAUAGGAGUGGAGGGUAUGGUGGCAGCAUGCCAUCUGCCGUAAAUGGAACCUUAUAUCUUUUUACACUUACACAUAAAGUUCCAAUUGGUAAAAAUCAACCAGUUUCUUUGUAUAUCCAAGAUACCUCAAAAAAUCCAUGGUUUACUUUUGAUUUCAAUAACUAUACUACCUAUGAUUGCGAUCCACUUCCACCUGUUACUAUGAAAUCAAAACAAAAUACUUGGAUUAAAACUAGUGGCCAAUAUUCCAAUUUAAUUUGGUACCAUAUGGUUGAAGUUUCAGGUUUAGAUAAAUCAGCUCCAUACGAUGCUUUUACAUGUAAUGUUCCAAAGCCAUUUAUUUGUAUGUUCCAAGAGUUUCUUAAUGGUCCAAAACCAAUCAAUUUUUAUUUCCAAGUUGGAAUUUAUACGACAGAUGUAAACUUCGCCCCAUUCAAUGUAACUGUUACAGAUAAACUAGGUAAAGUUUUACUUAAUAGUCUUUUUGAUGGUUUAAGUGCACCAGCAAACCCACCUGUUUCAAUUAGAUCCUUAGAAAAUUAUCCAAUCAAUGGUUCAACUGUUACUAAAAAUGAAAUGGUUAAUGAUGCAAUGUAUAUUAUGAAUAUCAUAAACAAAAAUGCUCUUUGUGGUAUUUCAUCACCAAAAGAUUUUUUGAUUUCAAAUAUAUUAAUCCCAGUUUUAGGUACACCUGCAAAUGCUUCUUACAUUGGUUUCUCAUCUUUUAACUAUCAAAAUAGUCCAAUUAAAUCCCAUGUUCAGAUCAUUGAUAGUCAAGGUACAAAAAGAAUUGGUAUUGAUAAUGUGCUUUUUGUUAAUCCAAAAUCUUAUGAUAAUGUCAUUGAAAAUGUUCAAAAUGCAACCUAUGUUAAAAGCUCUAAUAUUAAUAAAACUUUAAUUAAUAUUAAGGCUGAUGUUUCAUUUAAUCCAAAAGCUACUUUAACAAGUAGCUUUUCAACUUCUUUAUACCAAACAGUGUUAGCAUAUCCAUAUGGUUAUUCAAAUGGUACAGUUAAAUACCAUUCAGUUUCAUUGUCAUCUGCAUCUCCAGAGUAUUCCACUUCUUCAAAUUCAUAUAUAAUUUUAGGCUCUCCAUCUGAAAUCGGAUCCGGUAAUUCAUCACUAAUCACAGUUAAUCCAAAUUCAACAAUAGAAACAAAAAUACCACAACUUUUGAAAGUUGAAACCGUUUUCCUUUCAUAUGAAAAAGUACUUACCAGAGUUUUUGCUAAAGAUGUUGAUUCUGGUAUUUCAUUUUUGUAUUUAUCAAAUUUAAAUAAAGUUUCCUCUGCCGAUUUAGUAUAUGGUGAUAAUUUCAAUGGUGUUUAUGAAUCUGUUGAAACAUUUACCACCAUGUAUGGCAAUGAAAGACCAACCGUUUCAAUCUAUGAUAAUGCUGGUAAUAAUAUUCAAUACAAUAAUAUGCAACCAACAUUCGAUACAUCAUUCAAUAUGAUCCCUGAAUACCCUGCUUACACAAUGAUUAAAAACCAAGCCAAUUUAGACCCAUACACUUUCACUGGUUUUGAAUUUAAGUACAAUGAUGUUGAUGUUUCAAAUGGUCCAUUCAAUAAUACUUUAUGUAUGAACUUUGCAGGUUCCAAUAAAACAAUGACUCCACGUUUCUUACAAUUUUCUUUAGCAUUAAAUCCGGAAAAGGCAUCAUUAGAUAACGCCACACCAGGCUCAUGGGAUGAAGUCAAAGGUAUGUUUUGUAUGGAUUUCCAAAUUCCAGCAAGAAUUUUCACUGGUGAAUAUACAUAUGCUGUUCUCAUUCCACCAUUCGUUUAUGACUCUUACUAUUUUGCUAUUUCAGUUGGUAGUAAAGCUCAAUUAAGAGUUAACUCAGGUUUUGCUGAUCAAAUGCCACCUAUCAUUACUGAAUUCUCUUCAUAUCCAUCAAAUGCUGUUAAUGUCACUCAAGAUACUGUUGUCGGUUGGAAUAUUAGAAUUGAAGAUUCUCCAAAUGGUUUAGCAAGUGGUGAAUUUAAUAUCACAAGUGAUUUCGAUUUAGAACCAUAUAGAAUUAAGAUUACUCCAGCCAAUGCUGUAUCUGGUGAUAUUUUCAGUUCUACAUAUCAAUUAAGAAUUCCAAUUAAAGCAAACACUUGUAGAUCUCAAUCAUUUAGAAUUUCAUCAGCAUCAAUUACUGAUACAAUGGGUCAUACUUCAGUUUUACCAUCUUCUGGAAAUGUUAAUCCAUUAUAUAAAUUCUUAGAAUCACCACACUUGGUUUUAAAUAUUACUUGUCCACAAGCUAUCAUCGAUAAUACCCCACCAUCUUUAAUUAGUUUCUCAACUGUUAGUUCAAUCGAAGUUGGUGCUUAUAAAGAUUUUAGAAAUGUUACAUUUACCUUCAAAACAUCAGAUUCUGGUUCUGGUAUUUCAUCAAGACACAAUCCAAAAAUCUAUUUAUCAUCAGGUGAAUUUGAUCAAAUUUCAAAGAUUAGUACAUUGGUAUCCAAUGUAAAUGGUGUCGCUACUUAUACCUGCACUAUUGAAUUACCAUAUGGUUAUGGUUCAUAUAAUGGAAUUCUUGUUUCAAUAUAUGGUAUUGUUGAUAAUAAAUUAAAUAUUAAUGGUUAUUCAUCAGUUGAUCUCCAACAACUCGGUUUCCAAAAUACAAUUAAAGUUUUAUAUUCUGAUGUACCAGUACUUGAUUACACAAGUUCAAUUAAAUCAACUGAAUCAUCAUUGACUAUCUAUGGUCAUAAAUUUGGUAUCGAUAGAAGUAAAGUUACAUUACAAGUUGAUUAUAUGAAGGGUCAAGGUUGGAAGAAUACAACAAUCUCAUUCUUUUCUGGUAUUAUUUUAAUGACUGAUAAUAUUACACCAACAUCAACACCAUUCUACGUUCGUGUUAUUGUAGAUGGUAAAAUUUCAAAUCAACUUUUAGUAGUUCCAAUCAUUGUUGGUGAUAGUCCAUGUAGUUAUGAAGUUAUUCAAUCAAUAGUUGCUACUUGGAUCGAUAGUGAAAAAUAUCCAUAUCUUCAAGCAUCUAUCACUAUUAAAAAUACAGGUACAAGACCAAUUAAAGCAUUUAGUUUCAUUAUUGAAAAAAUUGCUUAUGGUCAAAUUUGGGGUGUUGAUGCAAAUGGUAAUAAUAGAUACACUUUACCAUCAUAUAAUUUAAUCAUUAAUCCUCGUGAUCAAUAUAGUUUCGGUUAUAUCAUUCAAGGUACAACUGUUGCUGAUCUCAAACAAGUCACUUAUACUUGUCUUUAA